AAUUCAUUAACCUAUAAAUUGAUAAUAAUGGAUAAGAGCAAAGAUUAUGGAUGCAUGAAUGUGUUGAGCCGUUGAAUUGUAAUCCACGUCCACGUGUGUGGAAAGAAGACGAAGUUGGCUACAUUCACACUCCAAAAUCCCAGAGCUAGAUCUCAUGUAAUGCUGUAAGGAUUCAUCAUCGACCGAUUCUGUGACGUUCUAUUCUAUUCCAGAAACAAUGGAUUCUCUGCGCCUCUUGCACUGCCAUAAGCCCAUCCUUCAUCCCUCUUCUUCUCCGAACAGAAACCACAAUAAGCAUUUCAGAUUCUUCCUUCCAUCCACUCCUCUUCGUCCCUCUCUUCGUCUCCCAUCCCCUAACACUCUUCCGCUACUCUCCGCUGUCUCCUCUCCCCAAACCCAACAAAUUAGCCAAGAAGAAGACGAGGAAGAAGACGGAAACAAGAAUCGCAUGUCCAAGUCCAUGAAACGCAAACUUCGGCUGCAUGUUCGACUGGAUCACCAAGUUGAAUUUGGCGAUCAUGUCGUGGUUCGAGGAUCAACUAAACAAUUAGGAUCCUGGACCAAAAACGUCCCCCUUAAUUGGACGCAAAAUGGAUGGGUGUGCGACUUGGAAUUAAAAGAGAGCGAUCAAAUUGAGUUUAAAUUCGUGGUUGUGAGCAAGGACAAGAGUUUAGUGUGGGAAGCUGGCGAAAACAGAGUGUUGAAGUUGCCGGAGGCAGGUCAUUUUGCCACCGUUGCUACAUGGAAUGCAACGGACGAGAAUUUGGAGCUACAGCCUUUGGAUGAAGCCCAAGUGGAAGCAGAUAAUGAGGAGUCAGAGGAAGGUGCUGCUCCUCUUUCUGAAGCAGAGCCAAGUCCCUUUGUUGAACAGUGGCAAGGUAAAUCUGUUCCUUUCAUGCAAUCCAACGAGCAUCGCCAACAUGAAAAAGAAAGGAAAUGGGACACUUCAGGUCUUCAAGGCUUGCCCCUCAAGUUGGUUCAAGCUGAUCAAAACGCAAGGAAUUGGUGGAGAAAGCUGGAUAUCGUACGUGAUAUUAUAGUUGGAAGUCUACAAGGGGAAGAUCGAUUGGAGGCUCUCAUAUACUCUGCUAUCUAUCUCAAGUGGAUAAACACAGGGCAAAUAGCUUGUUUUGAAGAUGGAGGUCACCACCGCCCCAAUAGACAUGCUGAGAUUUCUAGGCUUAUAUUUCGAGAGUUAGAGCGGCAUACGAAUCGGAAGGAUAUAUCUCCACAGGAAGUUCUAGUCAUUCGUAAGAUUCAUCCAUGUUUGCCAUCUUUCAAGGCAGAAUUCACUGCAUCUGUUCCGCUCACUCGAAUUAGAGAUAUUGCUCAUCGAAAUGACAUUCCACGUGAUGUUAAGUUACAAAUUAAGCAUACAAUACAAAACAAGCUUCACCGAAAUGCUGGUCCUGAAGAUUUGGUUGCUACAGAAGCUAUGCUUGCUAAAAUCACGAAGAAUCCUGGAGAAUAUAGUGAAGCGUUUGUUGAGCAGUUCAAGAUAUUUCAUCAAGAACUCAAAGACUUCUUCAAUGCUGGCAGUCUUGCUGAACAGCUAGAAUCAAUUUGUGAGUCUAUGGAUGAAAAUGGCAUUUCAGCACUUAAUUCAUUCUUGGAGUGCAAAAAGGAUUUGGAUGCUGCAGCAGAAUCAACUGCUGAUGCAGAAGAACGUGUAAUUACUUUUUUAAUUAAAACCAUGGAAUCUGUAAAUGCUUUGAGAGAAAUUAUUGUAAAGGGUCUUGAAAGUGGCCUCAGGAAUGAUGCUCCAGAUUCUGCAAUAGCUAUGCGUCAAAAGUGGCGCCUCUGUGAGAUUGGGCUUGAGGAUUACUCAUUUGUUCUUUUAAGCAGAUUUCUCAAUGCGCUUGAAGUUAUGGGUGCUGCUCAUUGGCUGGCAGCAAAUGUGGAGUCAAAAAAUGUUAAUUCAUGGAAUGAUCCACUUGGAGCCCUUAUUAUUGGAGUCCAUCAGCUUAAGUUAUCUAGUUGGAAGCCAGAAGAAUGUGGUGCUAUUGAAAAUGAGCUCAUUGCCUGGAACAAAAGAGGCCUUUCUGAAAGGGAAGGAAAUGAAGAUGGCAAGACAAUUUGGACAUUGAGACUGAAAGCUACUCUUGAUAGAUCAAAGAGGCUAACAGAUGAAUAUACUGAAGAACUUCUUAAGAUAUUUCCUCAAAAAGUUCAGAUACUAGGAAAAGCUCUAGGAAUACCUGAAAGUAGUGUCAGGACAUAUACAGAAGCUGAGAUUCGUGCUGGUGUGAUUUUUCAGGUUUCAAAACUAUGUACUCUUCUUCUAAAAGCUGUUAGAAGUACACUUGGUUCUCAAGGUUGGGAUGUUCUUGUUCCAGGAGCUGCUUUAGGAACAUUGGUUCAGGUUGAAAGAAUUGUUCCUGGGUCACUACCAUCACCAGUGGAAGGACCUAUUAUUCUUGUUGUAAACAAAGCUGAUGGUGAUGAAGAGGUAACAGCUGCUGGGAGGAACAUUGUGGGAGUUAUACUUCAGCAAGAGCUGCCUCACUUAUCUCAUCUUGGAGUUAGAGCCCGGCAGGAAAAGGUUGUCUUUGUCACGUGUGAAGAUGAUGAAAAAGUUGCUGAUAUACAAAGGCUGAUUGGGUCAUAUGUGAGGUUGGAAGCAUCCACUGCUGGUGUUGAUCUGAAGUCGACCUCUUCAGUUGACACUGAUGACAAUUCUUUCAUUAAAAGUGCUUCUGAUGACAAUGUCUCUGGAGUUGAGAUUGCUUCUUUCUCUUCUGGUAGAAUCUCCAAUUUUAAUCAGGGUGCUUCUUCUGGAGGAGUUAUCUUGCUUCCUGAUGCUGAGACACAAACUUCCGGUGCAAAGGCUGCUGCAUGCGGUCGCUUGUCUUCAUUGUCUGCAGUUUCUGAUAAAGUUUACAGUGAUCAGGGAGUGCCACCUUCAUUUCGAGUUCCGUCUGGGGCAGUUUUGCCAUUUGGAUCCAUGGAAUUAGAGUUAGAAAAGAGCAACUCCGCUGAAACAUUCAGAUCUAUUCUGGAUAAGAUAGAAACAGCAAAACUGGAGGGGGGUGAACUUGACGUGCUAUGCCAUCAGCUUCAGGAAUUGAUUUCUUCCCUGAAGCCAUCAAAAGACGUGAUUGAAAGCAUUGCAAAAAUAUUUUCAAGCAAUGCACGUUUAAUUGUUCGAUCCAGUGCCAACGUUGAGGACUUGGCUGGAAUGUCAGCAGCUGGACUAUACGAAUCAAUACCCAACGUUAGUCCUUCCAAUCCAACUGUUUUCGGGGAUGCAGUUAGCCGAGUAUGGGCUUCACUGUACACCCGGAGAGCAGUUCUGAGCCGUCGUGCUGCUGGUGUGCCUCAGAAGGAAGCUUCAAUGGCAGUUCUGAUCCAAGAAAUGCUUUCUCCUGAUUUAUCAUUUGUAUUACAUACUGUGAGCCCAACAAAGCAGGAUAAUAAUUGUGUGGAGGCAGAGAUUGCUUGUGGGCUGGGUGAAACACUGGCAUCUGGAACAAGGGGUACACCAUGGCGCGUAUCAUCUGGGAAAUUUGACGGGGAAGUGGAAACACUGGCUUUUGCAAACUUGAGCGAGGAAUUGUUGGUGCGUGGUGCAGGGCCUGCUGAUGGAGAGGUUAUCCGUUUGACUGUCGAUUACAGCAAGAAACCACUUACAGUUGACCCAGUUUUCCGUCGACAAUUUGGUCAACGCCUUUGCUCAGUUGGAUUUUUCCUUGAGAGAAAGUUCGGUUGCCCACAGGAUGUUGAAGGAUGUCUUGUUGGAAAAGACAUCUUUAUCGUACAGACAAGGCCCCAACCUCAGUAGACAGUAGUAAUAGAGGAAUCACAUGCUUCUCCAAGUCAUAAUAAAAUGUUUAUUAUUAAUAUCCAUGCAAUGCACGUCAAACUCGCUAGUAAAACAGUAAAAUCAAUGUUAACAAAAAUAAUUACAGUAGCAAGGUUCUGAAUUAUUAUUAUUAUUAUUUCUUAUUUUUUUAACUUAC